AUGGGGGACGAUCCGGAAAGGCUAUAUCGUUUGGAUAGAGUUGCUCAUAUAGCCGGGGUCAUCAACGACGAGCCCCAGCGAUGCAUCUCGAGCAUGCGGCGGCAGCAGGGCAUGCGACUCGAUGAGAGAUGGCUACCCUACGUGGCUAGGCUUGAGGACAUGGGUGGCUAUAGCGGGGGGUUGGCAGCACUAGCAUCAUCACUGUCAUCAGCAAUCAUAUCUGGCUCCACAUCAUCGUCCUCCGGAUCAUCCAACAAUCCAUCUCCAACCCCAGCCGGUGCAGCACACUAUAAAGAGGUCGGCACAAAAUUCCAUAUUCCGACCUCGUCGCCUACACUGCCGUUGAGAUCAACAGCGAACGAAGGGGAGGUGACAGGCUGGACGGGUGGCUCGUACACAGGGACGGACGAAGAUGCACCGGCAGGUCUAGAGCUAGAACUGGCUACCGUACCUAAAGUUGGGGCGGUUAGAACCCCCGAGCUGGAUACCACAUCAACCAACUUUGCCAACAGCUCUGGUGUCCUCACUUCGAAAAACUGCCGGCGACAAUAA